AUGCGUUUUGAUGAGGGCACCAGUCAUCGGGAGAUUAAGCGUCAAUAUCUGAAGCGUGCUGCUGACCGCGCGUAUGAUCUGGUCGUGACCAAGCAUAUUGAAUCCUCCUUCUACUACGUUCUGAUAGGACGCUUCAUUACAUCGGGACUUCCAAGUUUGCUAGAGGGUGCUUACCGGUCGUUCGUUUCCCCUGAAUGCCAGUCCCAAAUCGAUGAGCUUAGUGGGGACAACAUGCAGCAUGUUGGGCCGUCGAAAGAUGAUAUCGCGCUCCUUGUCCGCUACCCAGAGUACCCGAUACAUGUCCAAUGUAGUCAGGUUUGGGAACGGUCUGAGAAGCGUGGGUACGGCCUCCGCGACAACUCGACUUCUUCGACCAAUGUUGCUAUGUGGGGCGCGGAGAUGAUGAAGCGACAAAAAGCAUACAAGUCUGGGAGUUCCGCUCGGCGUGAGCGCGACAUCUCGGAUGCCAUGCAUGGCAGACGAGUGAACAUCAUCUCGAAGGGAAAGAUCGAAGCCAUCGACGAACUCCUCAGGGCGGUCAGUACGGUUGGCGGCGUCGAGAGGCUGACGUGGACCCUUGCCAAGCUGGCGCGGCUGAUGAGUAGUAGUCAGUGGUUGAAUCCGACAAACAUCAAGAGCUACUUCCUAAGGUAA